AUGACGGGAUUCUUGCCCUCACCUGGGGACCCCGGAUUUCCUGAACAGGUCUUUGGCAUGCAUGUCCUCCUCGACCAGGCGCCGAGGGUUCUGUUCGAGGGCAUUGAUGGACGGUGGACGAGCUGGUUUGACAAGGUAGCGAGGAAGUUGUACGAGUAUUACUACAGCCUGCCGGAACCGCUGAUGCCGUGGGCUCCUGAGGCCUGGACUGGCUCGACGUUCGAGUACUGGAUCUGCAUUGCGUCCGAGUUCAACGCCACUAUGGCCCACCAAGAAAGCAGAAUGGACCAGCAGCUCUCGGCACUCGGCGUUGAGAAAUUACGCCGUGCCGUCGAAGGCUUUUUGGGCGAACGCGAUCCAUUCAGCGACGGCAGGUCGCCACCGCUGGACGAGUACUCGCUGGUGUUCUUCGUGAAGCACAUUAGUCGGGACCAGGACUGGUCCUUCCCGAAAGCUGCCUUCUUCUCCUUCAUGGUCGACGACGCCCACCGUCCCAUCAUUGAUAGAUUUGGCCGGUACCCUUACCGCAACGCCAUUGAGGGUAGAGCCAGCACAGCUGGUGAGCUGGAGUGGAUUCGGAGGACCGACCACUUUGCCGAGGCCGAACCAGAGGUUGCGAAGCGUGUGAGGCGGGAUACUGCAUCUGGGACGUGGACGCCGCUGGGCGAGAGCGAGGGCAGGGCUAAUGCCUUGGAAAAUUCAACGAUUUAA